AUGGAUACGGGGCAGAGCGCGCAGGUCGCAGACAUGGGAGGAGAGCACUCCGCCGGAACGUGCGUGUUGGAGAGGGACCGGGAGAGGGGCGAGGUGUCCAGCCCCUGCCCGCCGGCCAAGCAGCGCUCCCUGCGGGUGGUGUACGUCCUGAACGACGGGCUGAAGUCGGUGAUGGCCAGCAGCCCGGAGUCCGGAGCGCUGCAGUGUCUGCAGAGAGCCUGCGACUCGGAGAGCGCGCUGCUCACCACCGUCACCUUUGGACGGCUGGACUUUGGAGAGACAUCAGUGCUGGACAGUUUCUACGAUGCAGACAUCGCAGUUGUGGACAUGAGCGAUGUGUUUCGUCAGCCCUCCUUGUUUUACCACCUGGGUGUGAGGGAGAGCUUCGACAUGGCCAACAACGUCAUCCUGUACCACGACACUGACCCUGACACUGCCCAGUCACUGAAGGACAUGGUGGCACAGAAAAACACAGCAUCCAGUGGUAACUACUACUUCAUCCCCUACAUAGUGACUCCUAACCAUGAGUACAUGUGCUGUGAGAGUGAUGCCCAGCGCAGGGCCAGUGAGUACAUGCAGCCCAGCUGGGACAACCUGCUGGGGCCGCUCUGUGUCCCCCUGUUCGACCGCUUCACCAGCCUGCUGAAGGACAUCCAUGUCACAUCCUGUGCUUCCUUUAAGGACACCCUGCUAAAUGACAUCAGGAAGGCCAGAGAGAAGUACCAGGGAGAGGAGCUGGCCAAGGAGCUUUCGCGCAUCAAACUCCGAAUUGACAACACGGAGGUCCUCACCCAGGACAUCGUCAUGAACCUGCUGUUUUCCUACAGAGACAUACAGGACUACGAUGCCAUGGUGAAGCUGGUGCAGACUUUGGAGAUGCUACCGACUUGUGAUCUGGCCACCCAGCCAAUGAUCCAGUUCCACUACGCCUUCGCCCUCAACAGGAGGAACAGUCCUGGUGACAGGGAACAGGCUCUCAGAGUGAUGCUGCAGGUGUUACAGUCAUGUGAACAUCCAGCACCGGACAUGUUCUGCCUCUGUGGACGGAUAUACAAGGACAUCUUCCUGGACUCAGACUGCAAAGACACCAAGAACAGGGACAAUGCUAUACAGUGGUACAGAAAGGGUUUUGAGCUGCAGCCGACUCUCUACUCUGGGAUCAACCUGGCUGUCCUUCUCAUAGUUGCUGGUCAACAGUUUGAGAGCUCCAUUGAACUGAGGAAAAUAGGUGUGAGGUUGAACAGUCUGCUGGGGCGCAAAGGCUCCCUGGAGAAAAUGAAUAAUUACUGGGACGUGGGCCAGUUCUUCACCGUUAGCAUGCUAGCUAACGACAUCCCCAAAGCUACUCAGGCUGCCGAGAAGCUCUUCAAACUCAAGCCGCCACUCUGGUAUUUGCGCUCCGUGGUGCAGAACCUGCAGCUCAUCCAGAGGUUUAAGAAACAGACGAUAGAACAUUCUCCUCAGCGGGACAGACUCAACUUCUGGAUGGACAUCAUCGUCGAGGCCACGCAGGGCACCACCAAUCGACUGCGCUUUCCAGUGUUGAUUCUGGAGCCAACGAAGAUUUACCAGCCUUCCUAUGUGUCCAUUAACAACGAGGCAGAAGAGAAGAAUGUCUCUAUCUGGCAUGUCUCUCCUGCAGAAACAAAAGGGAUCCAUGAGUGGAACUUCACUGCCAUGUCCAUCAAAGGCAUUAGCAUCAGUAAGUUUGAUGAGCGCUGCUGUUUCCUCUACGUCCAUGAUAACUCAGAUGACUUCCAGAUCUACUUCUCAACUGAGGAACAGUGCGGUCGAUUCUGCUCCAUGGUGAAAGAAAUGAUAUCUGAUGGUACAGGGAAUGCUGUCGAGCUGGAGGGGGAAGGAGACGGAGAUACACUGGAGUAUGAGUAUGACACCAAUGAGACAGGAGACAGGGUGGUGUUGGGGCGGGGCACCUAUGGAGUAGUGUACGCCGGGAGAGACCUCAGCAACCAGGUCCGAAUCGCCAUCAAAGAGAUCCCUGAGAGAGACAGCAGGUACUCCCAGCCUCUUCAUGAGGAAAUUGCCCUCCACAAGUACCUGAAACACAGGAACAUUGUUCAGUAUCUGGGCUCUGUUUCUGAGAAUGGAUACAUCAAGAUCUUCAUGGAACAAGUGCCUGGAGGAAGCCUGUCUGCGUUGCUGCGGUCUAAAUGGGGCCCGCUGAAGGAGGCAACAAUCAUCUUCUACACCAGACAGAUCCUGGAGGGGCUCCGAUACCUGCACGAGAACCAGAUCGUUCACCGAGAUAUCAAGGGUGAUAAUGUAUUGGUGAACACCUACAGUGGAGUCUUGAAGAUCUCAGACUUUGGUACCUCUAAGCGGUUGGCAGGUGUCAACCCCUGCACAGAGACAUUCACCGGUACCCUGCAAUACAUGGCUCCAGAAAUCAUUGAUAAGGGCCCUCGAGGGUACGGGGCCCCGGCUGACAUCUGGUCCCUGGGAUGCACCAUUAUAGAAAUGGCCACUGGGAAACCACCCUUUCAUGAGCUGGGAGAACCGCAGGCGGCCAUGUUUAAGGUCGGCAUGUUUAAGAUCCACCCAGAGAUCCCUGAGUCCUUGUCAUUGGAGGCCAAGUCGUUCAUCUUGCGCUGCUUUGAGCCGGACCCUCACAAGAGAGCCAUCACCUCAGAUCUCCUCAGAGACACUUUCGUCAGACACAACACCAAGGGCAAGAAGAGCAAGAUUGCCUUCAAACCAUCAGACUACAUCCACAAUGUUUCGUUGCCGGUGCAGUUGCAGUGCGAGGCUACCGGGAGCAGCAGCAGUGAACACGGUUCUGUGAGCCCAGACUGCGAUUCCAAACACGACGUUUUCUUCCAGAAGAAGAAAAGCUCUGGCUCUGAGAACCUGCUCAAACCUCCCAACUCCAACUACCUGAGUGUUCCAGAUGAGGGUUCGGUGUCGGAGGACCGCAGUGUCCCCCCCUCCCCUGACGACAGGGAUAGCGGUCUAUUCCUGCUGAAGAAGGACAGCGAGAGACGGGCCAUUCUGUUCAAGGUCCUCAAUGAGGACCAGGCAAAGGUCAUCUCUAACGUGAGGGAGAACUACAUCCAGGGCAGUGAAGAGCUUCAGCUGUCUGUCGAACACAUCAAGCAGAUCAUCUGCAUCCUACGAGACUUCAUCCAUUCCCCAGAGAGGCGCGUCAUGGCCGCCACCAUCUCCAAGCUCAAACUGGACCUGGACUUCGACUCCACCUCCAUCAAUCAGAUACAGUUGGUGCUCUUUGGCUUCCAGGACUCGGUGAACAAAGUCCUGAGGAACCAUCACAUCAAACCCCAUUGGAUGUUUGCGAUGGAUAACAUCAUCCGCCGAGCUGUGCAGGCUGCCAUCACCAUCCUCAUACCAGAGCUGCAGACCCACUUUGGCCCAGCGUCAGAGUGUGAGGGAGCAGAGAAGGAAGAUGAAGUGGAUGAAGAGGAGUUUGGUCCCGUCUUAGUGCCUCACACCGACGACCCCGGGACGACUGCUGAUCCCACCCACCUCGCCGCCAGCACGCUAAACUCUGGCCACUCACAGGAGCAUCAACGCUCGCAUCAUCAACUGGGUGCCCAGCUGGGGCGACUCAAACAGGAGACCAACAGGCUGCUGGAGGAGCUGCUGCAAAAGGAGAAGGAGUACCAGCAGGUCCUGAAGGCCACACUGCAGCAGAGAACACACGACUUGGAGCUGGUCAGAGUCAGACACAAACCACCAGAUAUUGCACCUCCCUCCAUCUUCCAAAUCCCAGCUGACCAAGAGCCAGACAAGCAGCUCACUGAUUGGCUGAGAGAGCAGGGGGCAGAUGCUGACACCAUAGAUAAGUUUGUGCUGGAGGAAUACGCACUGACCGACAUUCUCAAUGACGUUACCAAAGACGACCUCCACUGUCUACGCCUACGUGGUGGAGUCCUCUGCCGCAUCUGGCGAGCCAUCCAGCGGCACCGAGAGCGAGAGAGGCUGAAGGGCGAUGAACGCACGAAAGACGCGUGA